AGUGCAAAUACAUUUGUUAGGUCAGUUUCCGUUGUGUAUUUUGUAUUACCAGUCGUAUACACGUAGUGAAGUUAAAACGAAUAAACAUAAAUUCGUUAAAAAUGGCAAAAUUGAUUUUAAGCUUUUGUCUUUGUUUAAUUUGGACAUUUGGUGCAACUUGCAUGCAAUUGAUUUCAAGAUCUGAAUGGCAAGCUCAAGAACCAGAUGGUGAUAUUGAUAACCUUAGGAUUCCAAUUGAUAAGGUUAUAAUAAGUCAUACUGCUUCUGGUCCGUGUAACGAAAGGAGGGUCUGUGAAGGUAAAAUCAAAAACAUCCAAAAACAACAAAUGGACAUUUUAGGCUUCAGUGAUAUUGCAUAUAAUUUCCUUAUCGGAAACGAUGGCAAUGUUUAUGAGGGAAGAGGUUGGAGUAAAGUUGGAGCACAUACAAGGGGUCAUAAUGCUGAUAGUAUCGGCAUAUCAUUUAUUGGAACUUUUAGCUAUGAAGAACCUACGGAAAAUGCACUUAACAUAGCCAAAUCAUUAAUAGCUGAAGGUGUUCGCUUGGGAAAAUUAUCAAGCGGCUAUAAACUUUUUGGUCAUAGGCAAUUCAGUUCUACAGAUAGUCCAGGGGAUUCCCUCUAUGCGAUUAUUAAGAAAUGGCCCCAUUGGAGUAAGAAAUAACAAUACGUG